AGCGACGGUGCGGGACCGGCGGGAGGCUGGUGGAGCUGCGGCCGGCAGCACCUGGCGCCUCGCGCCCCUCUCCCCGAGGCCUGCCCCUCCCUCCCCCCGCCCGCCGAGGAGGCCCCGGGGAAGUUUGGCCACCCCAGCCUCAGCCCCGAACGAGACCUUGGCGGUGCCACCUGGGAAGAAGUGGUUGCUUGGAAGCCCUCGGAGUUUCGGGAGAAUGUCCAGGAUGUGCUGCCCACUCUGCCAAAUCCAGAUGACUAUUUUCUCCUGCGCUGGCUCCGAGCUAGAAACUUUGACCUGCAGAAGUCCGAAGCCAUGCUCCGGAAGCACGUGGAGUUCCGAAAGCAAAAGGACAUUGACAACAUCAUGAGCUGGCAGCCUCCAGAGGUGGUCCAAAAGUAUCUGUCAGGGGGCAUGUGUGGCUAUGACCUGGAUGGCUGCCCCGUCUGGUACGAUGUCAUUGGACCUCUGGAUGCCAAGGGUCUGCUCCUCUCAGCCACCAAACAGGACUUGCUCAAGACCAAGAUGCGGGACUGUGAGCGGCUUCUUCAGGAGUGUGUCCGCCAGACCGAAAAGAUGGGGAAGAAGGUGGAGACAGUCACCCUGAUUUAUGACUGCGAGGGUCUUGGCCUCAAGCAUCUCUGGAAGCCUGCGGUGGAGGCCUAUGGAGAGUUUCUCUGCAUGUUUGAGGAAAACUAUCCUGAGACACUGAAGCGUCUUUUUGUUGUUAAAGCCCCCAAGCUGUUUCCUGUGGCCUAUAACCUCAUCAAGCCCUUCCUGAGUGAGGACACUCGCAAGAAGAUCAUGGUCCUGGGGGCAAACUGGAAGGAGGUUUUACUGAAAUAUAUCAGCCCUGACCAGCUGCCUAUGGAGUAUGGGGGUACCAUGACUGAUUCUAAUGGAGACCCCAAGUGCAAAUCCAAGAUUAACUACGGGGGUGACAUUCCGAAGAAGUAUUAUGUGCGAGAUCAAGUGAAACAGCAGUAUGAGCACAGUGUGCAGAUUUCUCGUGGCUCCUCCCACCAAGUGGAGUAUGAGAUCCUCUUCCCUGGCUGUGUCCUCAGGUGGCAGUUCAUGUCAGAUGGUUCAGACAUCGGUUUUGGGAUUUUCCUGAAGACCAAAAUGGGGGAGCGGCAGCGGGCAGGGGAGAUGACGGAGGUGCUUUCCAACCAGAGGUACAAUGCCCACCUGGUCCCUGAGGAUGGGACCCUCACCUGCAGUGAUCCUGGCAUCUAUGUCCUGCGGUUUGACAAUACCUACAGCUUCAUUCAUGCCAAGAAGGUCAGUUUCACUGUGGAGGUCCUGCUUCCAGACAAAGCCUCAGAAGAGAAGAUGAAACAGCUGGGGGCAGUCACCCCAAAGUAAUGCCUCCUCCCACAGAAGGCCUGGCUCCCUCAGUGUCUCCCUGUCAGUUUCUGUCCCUUGUAGCAGUCAUUUGCCCAGUAUCCAGAUGCCUCCCAAAAAACUGGGCUACAAGAAAGACCCUGGGCUGGAUUUGGGAA